CCGUCCGUCUGUCAUGUCGCACCGUCGUUGAAUUUGAAUUUGUAGCUAGUUCCGAGCUCGGGCGUUAUGCAUUACACUCAUUCGUAAACAACAGAGUACCCCGAGUCUUUGCUUUCUGUUUAUUUUUUAUCGGGUAUUCCUUUGUGGCCUUCAUAUUCGUUUCGUUGGGACGUUUUUCAUUUUUGUUUCCAACACUCGCAACGAACAACCAAACCGAACGAGAGCGCACGCUUGAAGCAGAGACAGAGACCUGAACACCAAUAAGACCAAUAAUUCUUUAAUCAAUUUAUUCGUCAAAAACGACAAUUAACAAUAAAUUGCUAGUUCACAAGGGAAACAAAAUGCCCGAGGAAUCCAAGGAAAGCAAGGCCAAGAAAUUGGCAGCUGCACGAAAAAAGCUUAGAGAAUAUCAGCAACGUGGUAAUGCCGAACCAAUUCCUCAAAAUGUUGAAUCAGUCAGCAACAGUGGUCAUGUAAGCAGCAAUAUAUCAGAACGUUCUGAAUCUGACCUCCACUUGAAUGGCACCAACCUUGAACUGGACGUUAGCCAAAUAAGCAAAGCACAAAAUGAUGAUGUCAGCAGCAAAACAGAACUGGAAUCUGUCAAUUAUUUUGCAAAUGCCCCACAAGAAGACACAUCAAAAUCAUUUCCAAUAUCCUUGCCUUCGAGUCACAUCGAUGAACCCACAUUGGCCGAUGGCACUCAAAACAUAAAUGCCAUACAAGUUCUUAUAAGCGAAAAGGCGCAACUGACAUCUGAAUUGAACAGAUAUCGGACGACGUGUCGAGAAAAAGAUCUCGAAUUGGAAGAGUUAAGGGUGCAGUAUGGCAAUGUAACUAGACGUGUAGAUGAUUUACAGGAACAUUUGAAAGAUACGCAAAAACAAUUGGAACAACACAGAAUGCAAAAUGCCGAACUGCAGCACAAACUUGCCCAAACCAGAGCUCUUAACGAGGACCAGUCAUCUCACCUAUUGGAAUUACAGCAACAAAUGCAGUUACGCGAAGAACGUCUCAAAGCCUUAGACAAUGAACACAAGGAGAAAUGCAAUGAAUUGGAACUGGCGCAACUUAAAAUACGUCAACUAUCCGAUGAAAGUAACAUAACCAAGGACAAUCGUGUCGAAACCUUAACCCAAACUCAAUUCAUGUACGAACAGCAAAUACGAGACCUGCAGGCAAUGGUUCAACAGUUGACACAGGACAAGGAACAGGCCAACACCCAAUAUCAAACAUAUGUUCAACAACUGAAUGCACAAGUAAAUCAGCUAAAUGAACGAAACAGUGAACUCAUGGAGGAAUCUUCUAAACUUCGGGAGAGGGAGAAGCAAAUGGUGGAUCAUGUGCAGCAACUGGAAAGGGAAAUACAAAAAAAUAUAUCCCGACAGUCUGAAAUCAAAGAAGAAAAAUCAAUGGGCUCCUCAGAGGAAGUAACGAAUAAUCAGCAGUUGCAAGAGUUGCAGGAUCGUAUACAGGAGUAUGAAACUGAGAGAUACGAAUUCCAACUAAAAAUCAAAUCCCAAGAAGACCGCUUGCUUACUCUACAAAACGAAUAUGAGCAAAAGAAGCAGGAUGUCGAAGAAUUAAGAGAACAGUUGGAGAAUGUUACAGCUGAGCAACCGGAUAAGACAAAACUGUUGGCUGCCAUGGAAUCGGAUAAAAUAGCAGCCUCUCGUGCACUGUCGCAAAAUGUUGAAUUAAAAAAGCAAAUGGACGAAUUAGAACUUCGUUUUGUGCAACUCACAAACGACAAGGCCGAUCUUAUGAAUCGUUUGGAUUCCGAACAGUUCUCUAACCGUGAAAUGCGCUCUAAUUACAGUGCCAUGGAACAACGGCUACAAGAGCUAGAUGAACGUUUUAAAUUCAAAGACGAAGAAAUGAUAAGACUUUCUCAUGAAAAUGAAGAACUCAAAAAGAAAUUAGGUCUUAGUGAGGAGACUGGCAGAAGAAGUCGAGCCGCAAAUGACCAUGAGCACUAUCAUGAAGAUGGACAGCAUGAACAUGAUCACAACCAUGAACAUCAUCAUGAAGAUCAUCAUCAUCACAACGAACAUCAUCAUGAAGCACAUCAUCACCACCACGAACACGAACACCAUCAUGAUCAAAAUGGCCAUGACCAUUGUCAUAAUGAUCAGGAGCAACAAAAUUGCAACGAUGGUGGUAGCGAAGUACAUGAUGAACAUGACUCUCACAAGCAUAGUCAUGAUAACGAAAACAAGGGAACCCAUGUCCCUGCAAACGAAUGCAAUUCACAAAUGGAUGUUUGUGAAGAAGCUACCGAAAUUGUCCAGAGGCCAGUAACCCCAAAAAUGAGCACAGCGUCAAAACCUAAGACUCCACACAUUGCUACAGAAGAAGCUGUCGAGAAAUUACAAUUAAGGUUCACACAACUCAUGGGUCAGGUCGCAGACCUAACAGAAGAAAAACAGCGCUUGGAGCACUUAGUUAUGCAACUACAAUCAGAAACUGAGACAAUAGGGGAAUACAUAGCCUUGUAUCAGACCCAAAGGCGAAUUCUUAAGCAAAGGGAAUAUGAGAAAGCUGCACAAACAGCUCUGCUGCAAGAGGAACGGCAACAAAUGAGAGAACGUCUUACCAUGUUAAAUAAUCUUGUCAACAGCUUAGGCAUGGAAAUACCGCUAACGCAACAGCAACAUCAGUUGCAUCAACAACUUAAUGAAGCACUAGCGGAAAGUGCAACACAGGAUGGUCAUGUUGAAAAGGACUGUCCACCUGAAGAUCCAUUGUUGACACCGGCCAACAGCAUUACUGAAACCACAAACGAUAAUUGCAAAUCGUCGCCCGAGCCUCAUAUUAAGAAUUUAAAUUCCUUAGAAUCUCAACAGAUUCUGCAUAAAAUUCAAGAUAUUAUAACUGAAAUAAAGGAGAACACCAAAGAGUUACCUUCAGUUCAGCACUCGGUUGAUCACCUGAACUGUUGUUCUGGAAAAUUUGAAGUGGUAUAAACGAUUUAAUCGCUAACCUAAUACAUCCCUAGUUUAUGUAUAUAUACAAUUAUGGCUUCUUGCUGCAAAAGGAAAUGCUUGUGUACAUUUUUAAUAUUUAAAAAAAUAUCUUUUAGCAAAAUAGUUUCAGUAAAUAGUAUUUAUCAAAGGCAAAAUUCAAUUCUAAUAAAAAAAAACUAAAGCACCAAA